AUGUCCAAGGCCCUGGAAGGCGGCGGCGAUCCGCCACCUCCAUCGUAUAGUGAAGCAACGACUUCAAACCCCUCGUCCUCAUCAUACAACCCCGGCUCAUCGGUCUCUGCAACGCUUGAGGACCUGUCCUCUCUUCUCCGUGUCACCCAAUCCCAGCAAACAGCGCGCGACACCAUCACAACAACGACACUCCUCCCACUACUGACGCCCCAUGUAACAUCCCUCCUGAACCGAUUGGGGAGGACACCGCACCCGCCGGCGCUGACGGAGCUCUACCUCGUGCCCGCCGCCGCAGUCGGUCCGCAGUGGAGCAUCACCUCGGACGCCGACAGGAGAGCGGGGGAGGUUGCCCAGGUCAUCCGCGUGGAACCGGAGCCGGACCUCGGCUCGAAAGGUGCAGGCGAUAGCAAACGCGCAGUCCCGGACGCAGGCUUGUCGGCCGCGAGUUCAUCUCGCGAUUAUGAAUUUGACGAAUGGGGUCGCUGGGACGACGACGAUGCCGCCGCCUCGACGCCCAAGGAGGGAUGGUGGUGGUGGAACGACGAGGCGCUCGCGCGUCGUCUUGCAAAACUGCUACAACCCGAACCUCGACUCGACCGCACCGUCGUCAGCGCCGUGAUGGAACAGGCGAAAGAAGAAAGAAAGGCAGGCGGCUGGGGGAUGUUCCGGUCCGGAACCGAGUCUCCAUCCUCGUCUGCCCGGCCGCUCUCUCGGCAGGCGCAGCCUGACAGGUCGACGCCGCUCAGGCAAGAAGAGGACGUCGCCAUGACGGUGCGCGCGGGAGAAGUCACCUUUCGCAAAGAGAACGAGAUGGGGAUCUGGGAGAGCAUGCGCGGUUAUGGGAUCGUUGUGAGAGUCAGAAUCCGAAGGGCUUAA